GCUGCAGCUAAAGAAAUGCGAUUCGGGGCUGUGUUUCCAAGGCCAACAAUGGCUUUGUUUCCCCGAGCUCUCGAGGGAGUGCUGGGAGGAGGUCCCGGCGGUGGCACGGGGAAGAUGGCGUCCGUCCAAGCCCGGAACAAUGAAGAGAAGCAGAAAAAACAGAAGUGUCUCCACUCCCCUGACAUGCGGCCAACACCUUGAGCGCAUAAAAAGGGGGACCCGGGCACGGCACCCGCAGGACUCACCUCCUCUCCCUCCCAACCACCGCUCGGCUCUUCUCUCCGUGCCGCUCGACUCCUGGGCCCAUCGCCAUGUCUCGCCAGUCCUGUGUGCUCGGCAGGGGCUUCAGCUCCAGCUCCGCUUGCUUCGGGGGCAAGAACAGGGUCACGUUCGGCUCCGUGUCCCGCGGAUCCUGCAGAGGACCCGGUGGCGCUGGCGGCUUCAGCAGCAGGAGCCUCUAUUGCCUGGGAGGGAGCAAAAGCACCUCUCUGGGCGGCUUCGGGGGCAACGCUGGUGUCUGCAGAGCUUUCGGGGCGGGCGGCCAGGGAGGCUUUGGCUACGGCGCUGGGACGGGGUUCGGCGGGGGUUUCGGGAGCUUUGGUGGCGGAUUUGACAGUGGGAUGGGCGGCCAGGGCUUCCCCGCCUGCCCGCCGGGCGGCAUCAGGGAGGUGACCGUCAACCAGAGCCUGUUGACCCCCCUCAACCUGGGCAUCGACCCCGACAUCCAGAAGGUGCGAACACAAGAGCGGGAGGAGAUGAAGCAGCUCAACAACAAGUUCGCCUCCUUCAUCGACAAGGUCCGGUUCCUGGAGCAGCAGAACCGCGUCCUGGAGACCAAGUGGAAGCUGCUGCAGGAGCAGGGCAGCCCGGGGACCGGGGGCCGGGGCCUGGAGCCCGUGUUCGAGGCGUUCCUGGCGCGGCUGAGGAAGCAGCUGGACGCGCUGGCCGCCGAGAAGCAGCAGCUGCAGGCGGAGCUCAAGGGCUUCCAGGACAUGCUGGAGGACUUCAAGAACAGGUACGAAGAGGAAAUAAACAGGAGGACAGCUGCCGAGAACGAUUUCGUGCUCCUCAAGAAGGACGUGGACGGAGCCUACAUGACCAAGGUGGAUCUUCAGGCUAAACUGGAUUCUCUGGCGGACGAGAUAAGCUUCCUGCAGGGGGUCUACGAGAUGGAGCUGAGUCAGAUGCAGAAGACCGUCUCCGACACCUCGGUGGUGCUGUCCAUGGACAACAACCGCAACCUGGACCUGGACAGCAUCAUCGCCGAGGUGAAAGCGCAGUACGAGGAGAUCGCCAACCGCAGCCGCGCCGAGGCCGAGUGCUGGUACCGCUCCAAGUACGAAGAGCUGCAGGUCACCGCGGGCAAGCACGGAGACAAGCUCAGGGACACGAAGACCGAGAUCUCCGAGAUCAACCGCAUGAUCCAGAGGAUACGGGCUGAGAUCGACAGCGUGAAGAAACAGUGUGAGACCCUGCAGAGCUCCAUCGCCGACGCCGAGCAGCGCGGGGAGCUGGCUCUCAAGGAUGCCAGGGCCAAGCUGGCCGAGCUGGAGGCGGCCAUGCAGAAGGCCAAGACGGACAUGGCGCAGCAGCUGCGCGAGUACCAGGAGCUCAUGAACGUCAAGCUGGCCCUGGACAUCGAGAUCGCGACCUACAGGAAGCUGCUGGAGGGCGAGGAGUGCAGGAUGUCCGGAGAGUGCCAGAGCGCCGUGAGCAUCUCCGUGGUGGGCGGCGGCAGCACGUCCGUGGGCAGUGGCUAUGGCAGCGGGAUGUGCCUCGGAGGAGGGAUGAAGUUCGGCAGAGGCAGCUGCAGCACAGGCGGAGCCGGAUUCUGCUACAGCCUUGGAGGGAGCGGGUUGGGUGCCGGGGGGGCAGUGGGGUCCGGAGGGGCUGGGUUCUGCUCCGUGGGCGGCGGGUGUAGCUCGGUGGUGGGCGGCUCUGGCACCACCGUGACGUCCAGCCCCGUCAGCCGGAGAGUCUGAGCAAGCGGGACAUCCCCCAGCACCCAAGGGAGAAAGGAAGCAAAGCCCCGAUGGCCACCACCCCCUCCUUCCUCAUCGAGGUGACGAGAAGCUAUUUAAUUUAACCGUCCCCCAUCCUUCAGAAGCCACCAAAAAAGGGCAAAUUCAGCAGCUGCCGCCCGAGGUUCUCAGCACAGUCUGAGCUCCUCGCUGCCCAGCGCUCGGCUCCGGAGCCGCUGGCACCAGGCGUGGGGCCGCUGGACCUGCCCGGCCACCGGGGGUCCCAACCGCGGCCGGGGGAACGGGCCGAGGCCCCGAGGGGAGCGGCACCGCGGGCAUGGGGCCGGCGCACAUGCUGCCCGGGACUCGGUCCUGCGAACAGCCGGAUUGCUCGGGACCUCGCGCCGGGCCCAGCGCGUGGUGCAGCUUCACUGGGUGCUGCUCACCGGCCGGGGCUCCAGCUCCGCAGCACCGCUCCACUGGUGAUGGUCCCAGCUGGAGACGUUUCCCACCCCACGGUUUGUUUUCCUUUCGCUCUUUCCCAAGCGAGACAGCGGCAGUUUCACCCACGUCCUUCAGAAGCUGUUGUCGAAUGUUCGCUUUGCUCUGAGUUUCCCUUUCCCUGUGAUCAUGGGAACAAUUGUGCUUGUUUGCUGAAGCCUUUCUCCUUUGGCGUGUGCCAUACCCCAAUAAACGCUAGAGGCAGCA